CCUGAUUGCGGCCCCUGACCUUCACACGGUCCCUGUGACUGACACAGCCCUGAGGUCAAAGGUCUGACAUGUUACAGCACCCAGUGAGUACAUUUGGACUUUUCAUGAAUGGCUGCAGCCAGUGGGAACAGAACCUUUUGGCGCAUAGUUGUGUUGGUUUCUGAUAAACUCCGCGGCCCCGCGAAGAAGGCCCUUCCCCGGGUGGGCGUGCGUGAACGGCCACAGCCCUCUCUAAAUAUAACUCCCCUCCAAAUCAGAAAGACAGAACAGAAAAGAGGGGGCGUUCUUAAAAAACUUGUCACAGAGAGGGGUUUGUCCUUUUCGGAUCCAGCGUGUGUUUCUGGUAGCGUUUCGGUCCACAUUGUUGCCCCGGGUGGAGCUGGCGCAGCGCGCAGCAGGAGUCGUAUUGUGCGUAUGCAAACUGGACGGAAUGGCCAUUGUAUGUGUCCGGGCAUAUAUGGAGGCGACGGUGGCUCGGAGGAGACAGACCGUGUGAAGCCUCGGUGUCUCUGUGCGCUGCGUGUCUCUCGUCUCCGGCUCUGUCUGCUGCGUCGCUAUGAGUUGCCUGGAUGUGAUGUACCACCAAAGCUAUGGAGCGCACUACCUCCCUGCAGCAGCAGCAGCAGCCUACAAGUCCCCGUACUACAACCACCAUCAUCACCACCAUCAUCAUCAUCACCAGGAACAACAACAGAGGAAGUUAAGUGUUUAUAACAAGAUGCAAGAGUGUAUGGAGCAGCAUCAGGAGCAGCACAGAGGAGGAGGAGGAGGAAGACGAGUGAUGUCCAGAGAUCAGGACCUACGGCACGGUCCCAGACUCGAGUCUGGAUCCAGACUGACCCCAGAUUCAGACCUGAAGGACGGGACUCAGCCGGCGGAGGCAGAGUACCUGAGCUCCCGGUGCAUUUUGUUCACCUACUUCCAAGGAAACAUCGGAGACGUGAUUGAUGAGCACUUCUCACGCGCUCUCAGUCAGGCCAGUGCCUUCAGCAGCGAGAGUAAGCCAAUCAGAGUGAGUCAGCAGUCUGCGUCUGCGGCUGGCACCUUAUGGAAAGAUGGGAGUUCAAUGCCGCAGGGCCAAAGUGCCUCAGUUUGGAACACCUCCACGUAUCCACAGCAGACCAGUCCUUGCCUCCCGUCUGUCUCCGUCUCUGUCCACCCGGACUUCUCCUCCAGCCCGGUUCCCUUCAGUCACCCUGACGGGUCCCUGUGGGCCAGCCACAUGCUCUCCCAGGCCAGCCUCCCGCCGCCGGCUAACCUCUCCGACAGCUGGACCUACAACCUGAACGCACAGAGCACAAGCGGCUACGCCAACGUCCACGACGUCUACCCCCCCCCGCCCCCCCCCCGCCCCCACCACCACCCCCCCCCCCACCACCACCACCCAGUUCUGCAUCCAUACUCGGCACACGGCACCGCAGUGGACCCCAGGUUCAAUCCUUUGCUGCUGCCUGGUGUUAGGAACCAGAACCAGACGGCGGCGAACCCCGGGAGCUCGCCACACGGCGAGGAGGUGAAGACAGAGAUGGAUCACAGUAGCAGCAGCCCGGCGACGGCGACAACUGUGUCCUGGACCCCCUCACCCCUACAGGGCUCUCUGGAGACAUAUGACUCAGUUCUUGAUCAGACCAAAGCGAAGACGACGGCGUGGUUCUAACUGUUCAGAGAAGAGACGACAGAAUCGUCAGUUCUUACCAAAAAAAGGAUUAUUAAGCGGCUCCUUCAGCUGCAUCACCAGCACUGUACUGUAAAUAUAGAUCUAGAACGUUUAACUACAGCUCCGACUGUGAGUCCUGCACUGCCUACACCACUGAACAUGGACUUGCACUCAGACUACGGACAUAACCGACAGUGUUCUAAUGCUUUAGCUGAGGGUCAAGGCUUUUUGGAAAAAAAAAAAAAAGAGAGAGACAUUGUAGCUUUAAGGAUGGAAGGCCUCGCCUCUCCAGCACAAAAUCUUCUUUAUGCAACUUGUGCGACCAAGUGGUUCUGUUUCAAGAGCUUCAUUUUGAUCCACAUCUGUUUUGUAAAUGUCUGUUGUUGUCGACUGUAAAUCCUUUUUUUAUUAUUAUUAUUAUUAUUUUUAUUUUAAUUAUUAUUGCUGUGUACAACGUUGCCGUGCUAAGAUCCAGUUUGCUGGAUGACUUCAGCUCAUUGGAUGCCUAGAUGCUACUUUUACUGUUCUGUCUUUGGGUCAAUAUGUCAUGUAAAUAUUGAUUGUUUAUGAAAUAAAGUUGUUUAAACUUAAA